UUGUGGUGACGCACCAUCCAUGUAGAUUAUGCAUGUCGAUUACGCACACGGCGAUCAUUGGUUCACACCGACGCACAAGGCCUGUAGUUUCAGCGCCGUCUGGGUCCAGCAGAGCUGUGCUGUUAGCUACGUUGCUAACUUUGUACAAUAUUUUCAAAUAAAUUCAAGGGAUUCCUGAGCCAUUUUACCUGGAAAUGCGUGUGUUACUGCAGGGCAGUGCGGCUGUCAGAGGGAACAACGCUGGACACGUUGAAGUAGAACUGUGUGUCAAUGGCAUUGUUUAAGUGCAUCUUGACUGAGUUGCCUUGAACUCCACGCAAGGAGAAAAGAAAGCUAGCUGGAUAAAUUGUUAGCGGCUAACCAGCUAGCCGAGGCUAUCCGGCCAACUCGCGUGCUAUUCACUUCCUUGUUGCACAUUGGAGUGUGAUGGAAGGCGAGAAGUUUUUGAAAAAGAGACGGAAUUUUUAACUUUCAAAUUAACAUUAUCAGGCGAAUGGAUGUCCGUGCUUCCACGAACUGUAACGUCUCAACUGGAUUUUAUAUUUGUAGCGGCCUGUGCUUUGACCAUGAAAUGGAAUGCGGCUGUCUAGUUGGAUACAGCUAGUGGGAGCUAGCUGGCUUAACCGAUUAGCAUGAACUAGCAGGUCUGGAAGAUAUCCAUCCAGGAGUACAAUGGUUGAGUAUUGACUGGCUCUGUAACUAGCUAAGCACCAUAUUAUGGGUAUUAUGUGGCACGUUGUUUCAUAAAUUUCCGUUCUAUGCUAACUUGCUUUAUGUGGAACCUCAAUUGAGGUAGCUUUGCAAUGCUAACCCUAAGCUUGUGAUUUAACUAGUUAGCUAGCUGGCUGUCCAGUUGUGAAUUAACUGUAACGUUAGCUUACUAGCACGUUACACAGCUAGCCCAAUGUUUUAUUUCACGGCACAACAGGGGACAUAAUUUAGCUAAAGUGCAUAGUUUAAAAGUAAAUUUCAACGUGGCAAUAGUGUUUUUCGUAGAUAAAUGCCUAAUUCAGAGGUGCUUCGCGACGGGCGGGGACGGAGCCCCUCUGCACAGAGAAAUGCUAACAGGCAGGACAGGCGUAGUAAACCAGGGAGCGGUGCUGCUCAGCGUGAGGGACACCGUGAGAAGAGGCGGUCAUCGGCUUCCGGUACAACAGAACACCCUGACAGUGAUCGAAAAAGCACUUUUGAAAAAGAGGUUGGACUUCAGACAUUGGUUGAGUAUGAUGAUGUGAGCUCCCAGUCAGAGCGAUUUUCUGGUAGCCCCUCUCCCAAACUUGACCCCCAUGCUGACCGGCCGUCAGUGGACCGACUCAGCGAUGUUGACUUUGGUGACUAUAACGGACCAGCAUCCCCAGACAAAAAUCACCCAAGAGACUGGGACACAAUAUGCUUCAGCAAGGAUGAACAAACAAGAGGGCCACCCGAGAGGAACAAGCAGGAGAAGGAACUAGGCAGGAAAAAAGACCGUCAGAGCCGUGAGCGAGACUCCUCAAAAGCGAAGAGUGGAGGUAGCCUGAGCAGCUCUAAAAAUCACAGAGACACUGCGAGGAGCGAUGACAGAAAUGGUAAAAGGACAUCUUUGUCUCAGUCAUCGCAGUCUGCAGAUAAAAGGGAAUCAAAAAGUCAUAGAAGUAAAUCAAGAUCUGAUAAAGAGCCACCAUCUGCAUACAGAGAUGCUCCACAAUCUUACAAAGAAGACCGGGAAGACCUGAGGACAUACAGGAGAAGUCCUGGUUUUAAAGCAGACAGUCCCUAUGUGACAUCAUUCUCAUAUAGCUACCAGUCACCUGGUGGUUAUACUCAGCCAAUAUCUAGAAGAAGCCCAACUUAUGGGAGCAAAAGACUCUCUCCCAGUUCCACAUAUUACGGCCGGGAUGUAGAUAUAUAUGGGGCAUAUGGCAUGCCCAAGUCACCCAGUUCAUAUUCUAGUAACAAAAGGAAGCGCUCCCCUGUGAGCCCAGUGAACUGGCGCAGGUCACCAAGUUAUGGCCGACACAGUCCAUAUGAAGGAGAGUUUGGUUCAAGUCCUUAUGGAAACCGUAGGAGAUCACGUAGUCCAUACAAGAAGUCCCUGAGUCCAAGUCCAGAUAACAGACGAUCUGCUAGAUCACGUAGCAGAAGUCCAUAUUCAUCUUCAAGGCAUUCACGUUCGCACAGUCAUCACCGCCACUCUCGAUCCCGCAGUCGCCCCUCUAGCCUCUCACCAAGCACGCUCACCUUCAAGACAAGUCUUGCUGCUGAGCUCAGUAAGCAGAAAAAGGCUAAAGCUGCAGAAGCAGCUGCCAAGGCCAAGAACUCCAGCAACACAUCUACUCCAACCAAGGGUUCCUCAUCAGUUCACCAGCUCAGUCCCAAGUCCAAUCACACAUCCAGGAAGGGUCGCCCUCCCUCUCCACCACAACCAGAGAAAGGGCCCAGAACUCCCACGUCGAGUCAGCCUCAGUCCCCGUCUGACAGGUCAUUAAAGAAGACCACAGAGCACCAGCCCAAUAAGGAGAGAGAUGGAAAGGGUAAAGAUGACGCUGUACAUCGGGAUAAGAGGAAAGCACCAGCAUCUGGACAGGGAAAAGACAAGGAACGAGCCACUGGUUCACUCAUUUCUCCUCUGGUAUCCAUACCACUGCCCCAGACAAUUCUUGAUCAUGUGGACAAAGGAGAAAGCUUGAAGGAUAGCUCACUCUCAGGGAAGAAAAAGUCAGAGAAAAAGCUACGCCAACUUCUAACCGACUUGCCUCUCCCUCCUGAACUUGCUGGUGGUACAUCUUCCCCUCACAGCCCACCUGUGGAUAAAAAGUCCCAAACAAUUCGCAGAAGACCUAAAAUUUGUGGUCCGAGAUAUGGGGAAAUAAAAGAAGCUGAGAUAGACUGGGGCAAACGCUGUGUGGACAAGUUUGAGAUCAUUGGAAUCACAGGUGAAGGUACCUACGGUCAGGUGUACAAAGCAAAAGACAAAGACACCGCUGAAAUGGUGGCUUUGAAGAAGGUUCGACUGGACAAUGAAAAGGAAGGCUUCCCAAUUACAGCCAUCAGAGAGAUUAAAAUUUUGCGACAGCUCAACCACAAGAGCAUCAUCAACAUGAAGGAGAUUGUCACAGACAAGGAGGACGCUCUGGAUUUCAAGAAUGAUAAAGGUGCUUUUUAUCUUGUAUUUGAAUACAUGGACCAUGACCUGAUGGGUUUGCUCGAGUCUGGCUUGGUUCAUUUCAAUGAGAGCCACAUCAAGUCUUUUAUGCGGCAGUUACUGGAGGGCCUUGAUUACUGCCAUAAGAAGAACUUUCUGCACAGAGACAUCAAGUGUUCCAACAUCCUCCUCAACAACAAAGGACAAAUAAAGCUUGCAGACUUUGGUCUUGCUCGGUUGUAUAAUUCUGAAGAGAGUCGACCAUACACCAAUAAAGUGAUCACACUAUGGUACCGUCCCCCAGAGUUGCUCCUGGGAGAAGAGAGGUACACACCAGCUAUUGAUGUGUGGAGCUGCGGAUGCAUUCUUGGAGAACUGUUCACAAAGAAACCUAUCUUUCAAGCUAAUCAGGAGCUUGCCCAGUUAGAGCUUAUAAGCCGGAUAUGUGGUAGCCCCUGUCCUGCUGUCUGGCCAGAUGUAAUAAAGCUUCCCUUUUUCAACACCAUGAAACCAAAGAAACAAUACCGAAGACGGUUACGAGAGGAGUUUGCUUUCAUCCCUCAGUCUGCCCUGGAUCUGUUUGACCACAUGUUAAAUCUGGACCCCAGCAAACGCUGCACAGCUGAACAGGCACUGGGCAGUGAGUUCCUCAAGGAUGUGGACCCAGACAAGAUGCCCCCACCAGAUCUUCCACUGUGGCAGGACUGUCAUGAGUUGUGGAGUAAGAAACGACGGCGACAGAAGCAGAUGCCAGAAGAACUUACAGCCCCUAAGGUUCCCCGUAAAGAGCUUGGCCUUGAUGACAGCCGCAGUAACACUCCUCAGGGCUUCCCAGCUGCUGGAGGUAUCAAAGCCCAGAACGCAGCUGCUUCUGUGCUGCUCGACCCAAAGGGUCCAAACUCCCAGUUGACGCAGGAGCAGCUGGCGAUCCUCCUGAACUUCUUUGGCCAGCCCAAGAGUGCUGUCAACAUGACCCAGUUUGUCCAGUCCAUGAGCACAAAGGUCAACCAGGAGACAUUACAGCAACUAUCUAAAGCCCUAGCUCCCACAGACUCAGCUGAGCCUCCUCCUCCUCAACCUACACCUGCCAAGCCUCCUCAGCCUGCUGUUCCUGCAGGACUGCCCCGUACACCUCCAAUGCCCAAGCCUCCUUCACCCCCUAUGUCGGCACCGUCAGGUAUUCCAGAAGGAGAGGCUGCAGCUGCUACACAGACAGCCAUGACGAUGCUGCUAGCGCAACUCUUUCAGGCUCAACAGGCUCAGAGGCAGGAACUGAGCGAAGGUGGAGAAGGAGCGGAGAUGACAAACCCUGCAGGAACAGCACCAGGGGGACCACUUGUACCUCCAGAGGUCAAACAACCUCCAGAGCCCAGCCCUGUCUCUCCAGUGUCUGAAGUGGGUGGAGUUUCUAUCCUGCCCCCAGACCAGAGACCACCAGAGCCUUUAGAGCCACCUCCACAUGCCGACCUGGAUUACCGGCAACCUCCACCUGAGCCCAAGAUGGGCCAUGCUCCCCCUGUUGCUCCUGCAGGUGGAGGUGAUGGAGGGGGACCUCCAGAACCGGACUACCCGCCUCUCCCUACUGCAGAAGGACCUGGAUAUGGCGGAGAGUACAGCCAUUCACUGCCUCCACCCUACACUCCUGCAGGGUUUGGGGACAGCUACAUGGGUCACAUGUUAGGUGGAGGCCUGCCACCUCACACUUUGAGAGAAGUGUUUAGCGGAUCUGGCCAGGCCUCGAGCUCCUCGUCUAGUGCAAGGGUUCUGGCCCCGGCCCACCCAGACCCCUUCCCUUCAGGCACAGGAGUCUCUGGACCCAGCAGCAUGGUGUUCACUGGGGACAAGGACCACCGUUUUGAGUACAAUCACAGCCCCUUACCUAUGGAGGGACAGCCGAACCCCAGCACUAUCCACCUGUACAACCAUGUCAUGCCUAGAAAGGACAGUGUACCCCCUCCGCCACCCAUCCCAGCACCAGGACAUCCUUGGUGCUCCCCUUCUCAAGUCGGGGCUCCACCACUACCCCUUGGCUUUGUCCCACACGUGAACUCAACAGCAACAAUCAGAGGACGAGGAAUGCCUUUCUGAAAGACUGGAAAUGUGAAAUGGCAGUUUGUGACAAUGCAUAUAAGGUUAGAAGACUCUUGUGAGCCUGAAGCCUCUAAGACCACGAGGAUCUGUAGAUGCACACUUAAAUCUGUGUAAGGCAUUGCAUUCCUCCUGAGUCUGGAAUGUGGCUUACUUUGCAGCAGGACAGCUGAAUAACAUAAGAGGAGCUUUUCUUGCUCAUACCAUUUUCAUAUUUUUUGUAAUCUGUUCUGCCCUCUUAAAUUAAACUCUGAAUUUUUUGAGUGUACAUUAUCAGGCAGGGUACAUUUUAAAUCUCUACCUUAGCCUUUCUGUAAUUGUUCCAGGGCAGACUAGUAUUAAUUUUUGCACUACUGACCUGAAGUAGGCAAAAACUAUUUUAGCAAUGAAAUUAAAUGACUGAUGUGCUGCAUCUGCACAGUUAGGAAUAGGACCAGUAACGUAGGGUCCUUUUUAUUGCCAUAUUAUGUUGAAACGAUGACAGCUCAGUUGAAUCGGGCUAAUGACUUAGACGUCAGCACAGGGAGCUAUUUGAGGAAAAGGACUGUUAGUUCCAGAGACACAGGUAGCACUUGGACAACUGCAGCAAACUUGAUUUGACUUCAUAGAGAGAGGCUGUUUUUACUUUGAAUAUCGACAUGCCUUUUUGCCAAUAGAUGUAAAAUCAUGAACAAAACACACAUGUAACCUAAAUUCAGAAAGAAAAAAAAAUUUUUUUUUUUUGUACUAAAAUUAAUUUGUCCUCUUCCUUUGACAAAUGUUUAUUAAAGAAAUGCCAACAGUU